UCUUCUCUUUGCCUCCAUUGCUUUCUUGCUGUUUCCUUCUUCGCUCUUUCACAGAUUUGCCGCUUCAUUGUCUUCCUCGCUCACACGGUUCCUCCUUCCUUUUAAGCUCUCAGCUUCAUUCUCAUUUUCGUAGUUCUUGCUCUUAAUAGGCCUACGCAUUACCUUCAUCUCUCUCUCUCUCUCUCUCUCUCUGUUUGGCCUCUGGGAAAUUACUGAGAAAAGAGAUACUGUAGCUGAAAUAUCCUACCAACCAGUCAGGGAAUCUACUCUUUCUGGUUUCUCUGUUAUUCUGUUGGCUGGCCGCUGCCGAAUUGUACAUCGGCUCCUGCUUUACUAGGUAUCAGCCUUGUUACUGGUUUGUUUCCGUUUCUGAGAAUUUGGCUCCUGGAAUCUGCAUUCUGAGGAUUAUGAGUUUUCUCAUUUCCUUGUUCCUCUGUUUGGAGCUUGUAUAUUAGGAACUUGGCAGUUGAUGGACUGUUACCCCAAGAGUAGUGACAGGAAAACAUUGAAGAAGUGGUUUUUUAUUGAUAAAAGAGUUGGUUGAAGUGAAAAUUUGAUAUUGGCUCAAUUGGUGAUCAAUACUCGAUACUCUAUUAAUAUCUGAAAUUCCUGCUGCUCUAUAAAUUAAUCUACAAACCUGGAUCCAAUGGACCUGAAGUCGAAUCACACUCCUGUUCUUACUGAUGCCGCGCCCAUAACGAAAUCAAGAUUGAGGGUGCCUUCCAGUCUGUUGCCUUAUUCUCCUACAGGGGCAGCUUUUCCACCUGGCCGGCCUCUGACAAUUCCUUGGAAGAAGACAGGACUUCUUGAUGAUGUUCGUUCAAGUGGUUGGCUGGAUGCCAUGAAAUCAUCUUCUCCUACAGCCAAGAAGAUAACAAAGGAUAUCAACCAUGGUUUUGCAUCAUCUGAUGCUGAUAGUGCUUACUGUACCUGGCUGUUAAAGUAUCCGUCAGCACUUACUUCUUUUGAGCAAAUUACAAACUAUGCAAAAGGCAAGAGAAUAGCAUUGUUUUUGGAUUAUGAUGGAACUCUUUCACCAAUUGUGGAUAAUCCUGAAUGUGCUUUCAUGUCCGACAAUAUGCGUGCUGCUGUCAAAAAAGUGGCAGAACUUUUUCCCACUGCAAUAAUUAGUGGAAGAAGCCGUGACAAGGUAUAUGAAUUUGUAGGACUAACUGAACUCUAUUAUGCUGGUAGCCACGGGAUGGACAUCAUUGGUCCUGUUAGACAAUCUGUAUCUGAUAACCAUCCUAAUUGCAUUAGGUCUACUGACAAUCAGGGAAAGGAAGUUAAUUUAUUCCAAACUGCUGCUGAAUUCUUGCCCAUGAUUGAUGAGGUGAUGAGUUCCCUUAUUGAAUGUACAAAAGAUAUAAAAGGAGCAAAAGUUGAGAACAAUAAAUUUUGUGUCUCUGUGCACUACCGCAAUGUAGAGGAGAAGAACUGGCAUAUAGUGGGGCAAAGAGUCACUGAUAUUCUAAAGGACUAUCCGCGUUUGCGACUAACCCAUGGGCGCAAGGUUUUAGAGGUCCGACCAGUGAUCAAUUGGGAUAAGGGGAAAGCUGUGACAUUUUUACUUGAGUCACUUGGGCUUAACAACUGUGAUGAUGUGCUCCCUAUAUAUGUUGGAGAUGAUCGGACCGAUGAAGAUGCUUUUAAGGUUUUGAAGGAGGGACAUAAAGGUUAUGGCAUCUUAGUUGCUUCAGCACCAAAGGAAAGUAAUGCAGUCUACUCUCUUCAUGAUCCAUCAGAGGUCAUGGAAUUUCUCAAGUCUCUUGUGGUUUGGAAGUCAGGCCUCCUUAAAAGCUACAUAUAGGUUUAUAGAAGAGAAUAUAUACUCUACUACGUAUAUCUAAUAAAGAUAGCUUUAUGUUUCAAGAUUUUUGGGUUUCCAAGGAAGUAUUAUUCCAGGAGGUUUCUUGGAGUAGACGAUUUCCUCACAGAAGCCUCUCAUGGAAGCAUAGUCUCUACCUAGCUAACUUCUUGUUUUUGCUCAAAGCUCCUUUGGUAACUGUAAAUUCUUGGCUCAUAAUUAUUUCAUAAAGUAUUACAGAAAAAUAUGUGCUGAGGGUAAUUUCUUAUCAGAGUAUAUUAAUAUGUUUCAUUUCAUCUC